AUGCAUCGUGUUCUGGCUUCCGCUGAGAUCGCGUUGUUCGACUACCAUACGCAAAAGCUGCGUCGCAUCCUUGAUGAUGCCGAGUGGGAGCGCGCUACGGAGGCGGUACUGAUAGUCUAUAAAUUUGCUUCAAACUACUUUGGCCUCUUAUGAACUGAAAGACUUUAGUAUAGUUCUACUCUCGUAACAAGAUGCAAGAAUUGUUCUACUGGAAACCAUACGCAAAGAAUCCGCCAAAAACCUAAAAAGUAAAUUGGAAAACUCUACUAUUUUUGUAUGAAGAUUCUCAUUAGUGUUUUCCUAUCGGUAUACCAAACUCCUCACACAGGCACUGGAGGAGUAUUUUGCUAUUCCGGUCGGACAACGCGAUGAGGCGAAGCUCGAACGCGCCCUCAAGCUGCAGCGUGGUGGCGCUUCGAAUCAAGAUCGUUUCUGGCGUGUUUUUGGUACGAUUGCUACGCAGCAGAAACUCAUUCCCUCCGCGGAAGAGUGUUGCAAGGCUGUGCUGGGCAAGAAUGUGAUCGAGCCUUCCACAAUCGAGCCAGUCCGUGCGAAAGUCCCCACUCUCAGCGCUUACGUGGAUAUGCGUGUUGAGACCUACGAGAAGAUGGCUCGCGCCAUGGAGGCAGGAUGGACGAUGUACUACCAUGUGAAUAGUUGUUCAUGUGAUGCUGUAGCGUCUUUUCAUGUUUCAAGAGAGAAGUACUUGAGUGCAUCAGUUUCACGUUUUAACUGUACAGGAAAUUCAUGCUUUCUAUAUAACAAAAUCGUGACGAUUUCUAUCCUAGGACUUCGCAUUUUUCUACCUUAAGCUUCCUCUUCAACGUUUUCAUGUGUUUUCUUUUCCUUCCCCAUCAGUUUCAACUGCCG